AUGAGCGGCAUCGUUGCAAUUCAACCUACUGCGCCUUCCCCGCCGCGAGCUCCAGAUAUGCAAAUUGAGCCGGCAAGUCCUGACUCAGAAGAGACAGCAGAGACUCGGGUGAGGCAGUUUCUCGAGUCAACUUCUCCAGCUUUCAAUGCUAUUGCCCUCAUCGGCCCCGGAGGGGUAGGAAAAUCAACCACUCUGCGCUCGAUUGCACGAGACCCCGUCAUCAAGCGCAACUUCCAUGGCGCCAUGACCUUUAUUGAGCUAGGAGGGCAACAGGCCUAUCCCGCUUUCAUUAUGGAACUCGUCCGCUUCGUUCAAAACCACACCAAUCUUGCAUGGGCAAACGCCUUUGUCGCUUCUGCCCUAGACGAAACAUCUCAACGCAAAGCCAUACUUUGUCUGGCGGAAGUACUGAACAAGUCUAGCCAACCGAUGUUACUUAUUUUGGACGAUGUCUCUCCUAGAGAUGGAAGCAUGUACAGGUUCAUUCAGGGCCUCGUCGUGUCUGUGAGGAAUUGUGACACGAAGUUCAAGCUUUUGAUAUCCACUUCGGGUCACCACAUCAUGGAUGCUCCAGAGAUUGAGCUACACCCACAUCCCCCGACUGGGUCACUUGCGAAACGCAUCUUUUGUAAACACGCUGGUGCUGCUGGUCCCCAUAACUUUCAAGCCAUGUCUCACGAGAACUUACAGGCUGCCACUGCGAUUUUGGAGAAAUGUGCAGGGCUUCCGUUGACGUUGUGCAUAGCUGGGAGAGCAUUUCAGUCUUUGCAAACAUGCUCACUUUCUCAGGACACUCUCUGGGUUGAGUACUGGGACGCCAUGAGCCGAUCAGUAGCACCGUCGAAUCUCUCCCACGGCCACGCCGCUGUGUACGAAGUGGUCAUGUCAAGCAUUGCAACUCUCAAACCAAUUUGGCCAAACCAUUUGAUGAUUGUUCCAGAAGAAUUGUUCUGUUCCUUCUGUGUAUUCAAGAGGGGCACUGAAAUCCCGCUCCAUAUUCUGUCUGCGGUCUGGGGAGUAACAAUUGACCAAGCCCAACUUGUUGUCGACCUACUGUGUUUCAGAAACCUCAUCUACCGUCUUGACUCCAACAAUGAUGAGCCCAGCGCAUCUUACAAGAUGCAUGAUAUGAUUCAUGCCUGUGCAGUCCACAAUGCGGAGAAUACUAGGAGUGUUUCUUCUUGGCAUCAAAAACUUCUCUCGACAAGUAGACAACGUUUCUCCUCUCGCGGGGCCCCUGCAAAAGACGAUGAUGCUCAGUUUUGGGUAGACGAUAACGUCAUGAGCGAUACAUACAUGCUGAAUAACAUAGUUUACCAUCUCACGCUUGCACAGGAAAUAACCACUGCAAUUGAGGUACUUUUGGACUACCAGCGCAUUGAGACACUUAACUUCGACAAGACACAUACACCCUUCCACCAACUACUCAACGACGCAAGUACAAUUUCUGCGUUUAUAAAGAGAAGGGACAAGCGUUUCCGUAUAUCCAGCGGAGAAUGCUCCCUGGCGGCAGUCGAGAAUGAUGUCGAAUACUUGAUCGAGGUGCUUAAAAUGAUCAUGCCGGCAUGCGCGUCGAAUCGAAAUGAAUGUGUUUACCAGCUUCAUGGUCGACUAUGCACGCCAAAUGGAGAGACGGGUCUGUUUGAUUGGUGCCUACAUAGUGUCGAAAAGUACGCCCAGCGGCCAUGGUGUCGCCCCAUGGAGGGAAUGCUGGACAGUCCCGAUCAGAGUCUGAAGCGCAUUUUGAAUACAGUCACCCCAAUAGAAGCCAUGGCAUCCUCUCCGAGGAAGGAUGAAGUCCUAGUCGCUCAUGCAGAGACAUCAAGCAGUGAAGCAAACAUCGAAGUUCUUGACAGCUAUAGCGGUCGUAGAAAAUCUCGUUCGCAUCUAUAUGGGGAUUCGGAUUUGGACAUCAGAUGGCCAUUUGAGCGCAAGAGCAGUGAUUGGACAGCCAGAGAUUGGGUCAUUUCGUUUUUGACACAUGCAGACGAGGUUAUCGUUCUUUCUGCGAAAGGAAUGGCAGUAGUUUGGCGUGGCCAAAACCGAGUACGUGAAUGUAUGCCAUUUGUAGGCUGUCAUCGCGCAAAAUGCAUGGCCAUUGUUGGAAAGAACAUGAUUGCUUUUGGUUCAGAUCAAGGGAAGAUAAUGGUACUGGACCUGACAACGUGGGAAAUUGUGACGAGCGUUUUUCAUGUGGGUCUUCCCGACAAGGAUGACGCAUUUGACGAGGUGCAGGGCAAACCUUCGCCUGUAAUGGCUAUCUGCGCAGGCCGAGAUGAAGAUACAUUUUUCUCACUUUGUUCCGAAGGCUAUGUUCGGAAAUGGGAAACGAAGACUGGUAAGAGCCACGGCUUUGCAACAUCAAUUGAUGGUAGAGUGGACCGUAUGGCAGUGAGUGGAGAUGGUAGUCUCGUAGCUUUUGCUAUGGCAAAUGGGAAACUGCAGAUCUGCAAUGCAGCAACUGGAAUGGUAAAGAAGACAUUAGUUGGACACCGAGGUGCGGUCUCCGCUAUUCUCUUCAGUCAUAACAACCGCGUUCUGUACUCUGGAGGGGUCGACAAGUCUGUGCAGUAUUGGAAUGUGAGCAGCGGCACAAGAAUUGGAAAGCCUUUUCGCUUACAUGAGUCCAGCAUCAGAGGACUGGCCAUUAGCGAGGACGGCUCGGAACUCUUUUCAGCAUCGAAAAAUCAACUGUGCGUGUCGAACGGAGUACCACACCAGUUUGGAAAUCUCGAAAAAGGGAUGGAAUCGGGACUUUGCGCAAAAGUCAAUGCGUACUGCUUGUCAUGGGAUAAGGAAACGCUUGUGACAGUAGAGCCAGACAGGAUUCGCUUCCGAAAUCUAUGUGACCCUAUCACGAGGUAUGAAGCGAUGCAAAUGGUUUGGGCUCCUGGACUUGAAGACAUUCCGAGCUUGUAUAUCAAUAUUCAGGACAACGCGGAUGUUGUGGAGCAUGUGUCUGUCAGUACCGAUAGCCGGAUCAUUGCAUACACAGUGCGUCAUCGAAACUUUUUUGACGAUGAUUUAAGCAAGACAGACAUCUACAUUGCGCAUCGGAUCGGCAGGAGUGGAUGGACGCGAGCUAAGCGCGUACCUGGUAUCUCCGAGACAGACUUCCCAAACUUUGUGAAUGCGUCCAUUGAAAAACUUGAAUUCCUCAUAGAUAACACGAUCGAUGUGAUAUUCCGACCGCAGUUGGGGCAGUUUACCAUGCAAAUGACGCUUCUCCAAACUGCAGGAGUUAGUGGGAAUGAGUGGAACUGGCAGCCAGAAGCGUGUGAACGGGUGCACAUGGACGACUGGGGUACUCCCCUGGGGUUGAGUUUGAAGAAUGGAGAAUCAAUUUACUACGGUGCACGAGUGAUGGGUAGGCUGGACAAGAAAGCCAUGCCACAUCGAUACAUCCAAAACGGCGUUGCGAAUAAUGCGGUGCUCUUCGACGAGAAAAUGAAGCGCCUGUGGAUUCUCAACCAAGAGUCGCGGCUGCAGUACGUGGAUCUAGUCACGCCCGGGGCGGGCAGGGAACUUGUGUCGCCUGUGCCACUACCUAAAAUUCAAGUCAGCGACAUCGAAAUGUUGUUGUUGGACAACUGAGGCAGAAAAAGAGUGGCGAAACAGAAAAGUAGGGAGACGAUGAUUUGAGUUGUGGAUGCAACUUGGACUGAGUAGGGAGACCGGGAGACCGGGAGGGAGACAAGGGGGAUGUGUCGAUAUGAGGACACAGUAGAGUAGCGCAUACGGUAAAAUGAUUCAAGGGUCUACAGUGGCUGUGGACGGGGUAUAUCAUCACGUUACUCAGAGAUGAUGCGGUAAACCGUCACGUCGCGAGUGGGUCACAAGACCCGGACAGAAAAUUUGGUCAUCAUCUCAUCGUAGGAGCAGGGGUGAGCAUGGGCGAAGAAGAUGUUUCGUUCUGGAGCGCGCAUCGGGAAAAAACGGACGCAGCUAAUCACGAGCGAUGGGCUCCGACAACAAAUGGAUGCGUCUCAAGACUACUGUAGUGCGUCAUGCAUUGUGAGUUUGAACAAUUGGCCGCGUUUGAGAUGACUUGUCAUGCACAGUAGAGACUACUGUACAUGUCAAAAUGACCCGACCUUUGUUUUCUGGAGAAGCAGAAAAAUGCACUCGCCGCCGCCCUUGACUUGUGCAGGAAGGAUGUGUUUUAGUGAGACGUGCAUGUCGUUUCCGGUCGUUUUUGGAAAUGCCUGAUGUCAGGCAUUGUCAACAAAGAAUCUCUUCCGAGCAAAUUUGCCACGUUUCUGAAUUUGGGCCUGCGGGCGCGGAUACGUGGUUUUAAGAUGCAGUCGCUGCCUCUGCGUGGCGCGCAUGCCGGUGGAGGCGCACACGUGUGCGUGUGGCAGCGUUACAGUGACGGUGGUCCAUGCGAUGUACUGUAGACGGAGGCGCUUGCCAGAGCCGGAUGUGUUUCUGUCUGUCGGCGUUUCUGUCUGCGUGGCCGACGGCGUGGGCGUCUGACAAUGAUAUAGCUGUAAUGCGCGGCGACAACAAUGCUCACCUGAGCCUGAGCUAUGUACCUGGAUUCUUGGGAGGUGCGCGAGGCACCUCCGAGGCUAUAGACAGCCUGGCCUAGGGGCGAGAGGCCCCAACAAAGAAGGAUACUUAGUUCAGUAAUGAGAUUGAAACAUUAAACGGAAGAGGUCAAGGAAGGACGA